AGACUAAAAUUACACAUUUGAACGGGUGGGGGCAGUACCGAGCAAGAAGCAGUGAGAACCCUACCUUCAGUACGCCAAAGAUAAAGACUCGAACUGGAACCAGGAGCAGUCAUUGAGCUUUUCCCUCAAAGGUGACAAGAAUGGCAAGCAGACGUGCUUUAAAGGCCGUCCUCAUUGACUUGAGUGGAACUCUGCACAUAGAAGACACAGCGGUGCCUGGGGCGCAGGAUGCCCUCUCCAGGUUACGGCAGACGUCUGUUGCCAUCAAGUUUGUGACCAACACAACCAAAGAGAGUAAGAAGAACUUGCUGGAAAGGCUGCAACGGCUCAAUUUUGAUCUCCAGGAAAAUGAGGUCUUCACAUCUCUGAGCGCUGCGAGGAGCCUCCUAGAGAAGACAAAAUACAGACCAUUGCUACUCCUGGAGGACAGCGCUCUGGAAGAUUUCAAAGGUAUCGACACAUCUGAACCAAAUGCUGUUGUCAUCGGGCUCGCUCCUGAUCAAUUCGACUACAAAACUAUGAACAAGGCUUUCAGACUGAUUCUGGAUGGCGCUCCUCUCUUCGCAAUCCAUAAGGCUCGGUACUAUAAAAGAAAAGAUGGUUUGGCCCUCGGCCCUGGGCCCUUUGUAACUGGACUGGAGUAUGCCGCAGACUGUAAAGCUACUGUGGUGGGAAAGCCUGAGAAAACUUUUUUCACACAGGCACUGGCAGAUUUGGGAUGUAACCCAGAUGAAGGAGUCAUGAUCGGAGAUGAUCCCAGAGAUGACGUAGGAGGGGCUCAUAGUGCAGGAAUGCUGGGGAUUCUUGUUCGAACUGGUAAAUACAGGCAAGGAGACGAGAAUAAAAUCAACCCCCCUCCUCACCUGACAUGCGAUACUUUUGCAGAUGCCGUUGAACACAUCCUUAAGAACCUACUCUAACAUCAUUUGAAAGGACUGUAAAGAUAAGAUGACCUCGGUGAAGCACAACUGGACUUUAUCAAGAUUCAAGGCACUUCUGUUCGAUGGUGUCACCUGGUUCCACUACUUUCUUGAUCAGUUUGGGAAACUUCUGGAACUUGACGAAGUGAUA